GCCAGCCAGGGGACAGGUGGCCACAGCAGCGAGUGACAGCCAGUGCCCAUGGCCAGGGACACCGGGAUGGCCGGGAAGGUGGCGCUGCUCCUGUGGGAGCCGCUGGUGCUGCAGGUGCCAGCACGGGCACUGCUGGAGGGGGACACGGUGACACUGCGCUGCCGGGGCUGGCAGGACAAGCCUGUCACCAAGGUGGGAUUUUACAAGGACGAGCGGGAUCUGGGGGAGUCCCUCGGGGGCACCGAGCUGUCCCUCUCCCCCCUGGAGCUGCACAACAGCGGCCGAUACCGCUGCGGGGGCUUGGUGGCCUCAGGAAUGUCACUGUCAGCACCGGUGACAGUGACAGUGCACGAGCUCUUCACGGUGCCGGUUCUGGAGGGUCCCCCCGAGCUCACCGAGGGGUCCCCCCUCAAUCUCAGCUGCCUCAGCACCCCCAGCCCCCUGCGGCCCCCAGCCCCCCUCCUGUACCGCUUCUACCGGGACGGGCAGUCGGUGGGGGGCCCGCAGGGGUUCCCGCAGCUCCUGGUGCCCGCCGUGGGGGUCUCCCACUCGGGGAAUUACAGCUGCGAGGUGCGCUCCGAGGGGGGGGCCGUGCGGAAGAGCAGCGCCCGGCUCGGCGUCACGGUGCGCAGGGUCCCGCUCUCGGGGGUGUCCCUGUCGGUGCAGCCCCCUGGGGGACAGGUGGCACUGGGGGACCGCCUGGUGCUGAACUGCAAGGUGGCCGUGGGGACAGGUCCCCUGUCCUUCUCCUGGCACCGGGGGGACAUGAACGCACCAAUGGGCACUGGCCCUCGCCUGGAGCUGCAGCAUGUUGGGUAUAAUGACAGCGGCCAGUACCAGUGCCGAGUCAGCGAUGGGGACAAUGUGGUCGAGAGCCCCGCAGUGAACGUCACUGUCCUGGUGCCUGUGACACCACAGGGAAACUGGAACAGAGCAGUGGCCGCAGGCCUUGGCGGGUCCCUCCUCUUCCUCGUCCUACUCGUGGGUGGAGCUGUGGGCUGGCACCAAUGGAACAACAUGGCUGACAGGAAGGAGCAGGAAAGGGCCCUCCCAGAGCCCCUGGCCCCCCCAGAGGAGGGGGAGGUGCUGUACACCCACGUCGUGAGCACCAAGCAGACGGGGGUGUCCCCACGUGCCACCACACUCCAGGAUCCCCAGGUGACCUACGCGGAGCUGGCAGCAACCCAUGGGCGACCGCGGGAAUGUGGGGACAUCUACGGGAAUGUGCUGUGACACUCGGGGCA